AAUCCACUGACUGCCCUACGGUGUUUCAGGUGCCAAAGGGGAGAACGAGGAUACCCCAGACCAGCACGGACUUCCUGAAGCAAUCUGAGGAACUACUGUCCAGGGGUCUCCUCGGACCACUCCGGAACUCCGGUGGACCACAAUGAGGUGUUCCCGUCCCCUGCGGAAAGAGGCGGCCCUGGCUCUGCUUCUAGCCACCGUCACCCUCCUCUUUUUCAGUCUGCACCAGUCACCACCCACCUGCCCCCGCCUGAAGGAGCCGCUGCGCGCCCCUAAGGCUCCGGACUGGCCCUCCCCGCCCUUCCGCACCCCGCCCGCCCCCUGUCGGCCCAACACCUCCGUGACGUCCCUGCCGGACUUCGCAGGGCAGCCGCAGCACAUCCGCGACUUCCUGCUGUACAAACACUGCCGCGACUUCGCGUUGCUCCAGGAAGUGCCGCCCGACAAGUGUGCGGACCCCGUCUUCCUGCUGUUGGUGAUCAAGUCCUCGCCCAGCAACUACGAGCGCCGGGAGCUGGUGCGGCGCACGUGGGGCCGGGAGCGCCAGAUUCUCGGCGUCCAGCUGCGCCGCCUUUUCCUGCUGGGCACCGACUCCAACCCGCUGGAGGCGCGCAAGGUCAACCGGCUGUUGGCCAUGGAGGCGCGGAUGCACCGGGACAUCCUGCAGUGGGAUUUCCACGACUCGUUCUUCAACCUCACGCUGAAGCAGGUGCUCUUCCUACAGUGGCAGAGGACACGGUGCACCAAUGCCAGCUUUUUGCUCAACGGGGAUGAUGACGUCUUUGCCCACACAGACAACAUGGUCGCCUACCUGCAGAGCCACAACCCUGACCACCACCUCUUUGUGGGGCACCUGAUCCACAAUGUGGGCCCCAUCCGGAUUCCAUGGAGCAAGUACUACGUGCCCAAGGUGGUCAUGGAGGGGGAACACUACCCGCCCUACUGCGGGGGUGGUGGCUUCCUGCUGUCCCGCUUCACGGCCUCCGCCCUGCACCACGCCUCCCGCGCCCUGGACCUCUUCCCCAUCGAUGAUGUCUUCCUGGGCAUGUGCCUGAAGCGGGAGGGCCUGGAGCCCGCCUCACACAGUGGUAUCCGCACGGGAGGCGUUCAGUCCCCUUCCAGCCGCCUGUCCUCCUUUGACCCCUGCUUCUACCGAGAGCUACUACUGGUGCACCGCUUCUUGCCCUACGAGAUGCUGCUCAUGUGGGACGCGCUGAGCCAGCCCAACCUCACCUGUGGCAGGCAGAGACAGGUCUACUGAGGUGGUGUCAAUGCUGCCAGCCUUGAGGCUACUAUCUCCAUCCCUAUGGAAAAGGCAGCAGCUUCCAUCCAGGAACCUGAGACCUUUGUCCUCCUAAGUAGAUGAAGCUAGGAGGGUACCAGGGAGGGCUUGAUGAGGGAAUCAUCUGGCCAGCGAGCUCCUACACAUCCUUCAAAACCUACCUGGUAUUGCCUAGACCAUGUUCCAUCCUCCCUAGAUUCUCAGCUGGAGGGACCGUCUCUUUCCAUGGCUGCUAAGGGCAGAAGCACUUCUGCUCAGGUCCCAGCUACUGCUGCUACAUCCAUUCCUUUUCAAUGUCCCACCUCCUAGCCCUGACUUUCAUCACGGGCUGAUCCCUAAGCAGUAGCCAGCCUCUUCUUGGUCAUGAACCUGCUGUGGUAGAUGAGUUCUGGCCAUGGUUCAAGGCCAAUUGAGAACUUCUGGGUCCACACAUAGCUGAAGGGAGAAGGACUUUUCAGCUGGGGAGAGAAGGUUACUGUUCUCCAUGCCUCCCCAGAUCUUGGAUCCCUCAGGUGGUGGGAGGGGCCAGAGGCUGCGAAUGUGACUGCCUCCUCCCUGCUUCAAUCGCUGGCGUCAAUCACUUUAAUGGUGGGAACGUUGAGCAGAGGAGGGAGGCGGCUAUCUGUCUCAGGCUCAGCUCAGAGUUUCUGGUGUCCCUGGCAGGGUCCAGCACUCACAUCUGUGCUCCCCAAGAUUUCAGGGAAGAGUAAUGGGGCCAGGGGGGUUCUCACUGGGUCCAAGUCCUGCACACGCACUCAAGUUUGUGCCCAGAGAAGGGGGAUAUUCAGGUAUUUGGGUCGGCUAAGUUCUCAGACUGGCCCCCACCCCAGUGUGUCUGUCCCAUUGGGGAGAUCCAAGCGAACUGGUGACCCCCCACCCUGCUACCCUCAAACAGGUGUCUGAAACGGGCUUCACAGGGAUUGGGACGGUGGCAAGGGGGGGGGGUCUCACUGCAGAGAGCAGAUCCUCAGGGAAUAAAAUGUUUUGCAAAAGAA